UUAGCCUUCUUGACCUAAUUAAUUCCCUUUGGGUUUGGGAUCACCGCCAACGACUGGCCUUUUUCCCUCCUCCUGUUGAACUUGAAGAAGUAGCAGUAGUAGUAGUAGUAGUUUGGGGAUCUCGCAAGAAAGGAAGAGCCAUCAUCAUUCAUACUACCUUCACUUCAUCAUCUGCUCUUCUUCUUCUUCUUGCUGUUUUUCAGUCCAAAAACCAUGAGACGCCAUGGCUGGCAGCGUCCUCUUCACCCUUUACAGAUUGUGGGAAUGUCAGUUUUCAGUUUGCUGGCUGCCGCCUUCUACUGUUUCCUGGGCCUGUUCCUCGGGAACGCCAUAGCCGAAAUCACCGUCACCACCGUCUUUUCUUUUGCGGCACUUUCUGCUUCCUUCCUUUUCAUUAGGUGCACGGCCAUCGAUCCCACUGACAAGACCCGGUACAGAUUUCGACGCAGGAAGAAAACUACUGUCAAGGCAAGAAGCAUUUCGUCCAAUCUAAAAUUUGGCUUCUUCGCGUUGGGACAUCUUCUUGCCAGGGUUUUCAGGAGAGUGGAACGCAAGAUCCUCAGGACUUUCAUCAGGAGGAAGUACCUCCUUCUGGAUCAUCAACAGCCAUCCGUGCAGCCUCAGCCUCUUCUGCCCUUUCACCUCCUCGUCCUCAGGGAUGAUGAUUCUGCGUCUGUGGCUCCCCAUCCCAAGGAGCUCGACCUCUCUUUUUGCGCUCUAUGUGAUUUUGAGGUUCAAAAGCACAGCAAACACUGCAGGACCUGCAACCGAUGCGUUGAAGGUUUUGAUCACCACUGCAGGUGGUUAAACAAUUGUGUUGGGAAGAAGAACUACACAACAUUCAUUCUCUUGAUGGUAUUUGUUUUAAUAAUGCUUAUUGUUGAAGGAGGCACAGCUAUUGCUAUAUUUAUUAGGUGUUUCGCGGAUCAAAAAGGGAUAGAGCUAGAACUGAAUAGAAGACACUACUUGAAGUUUCCCCGAGGAGUUCUUGCAGUUAUAUCAGUUUUGUUGGUUAUGAUGACCGCAUAUAGUUCAAUAGCACUGGGACAGCUCUUCUUCUUUCACAUGCUUCUUAUCCGAAAGGGAAUGAGAACCUAUGAUUAUAUCUUGGCAAUGAAAGAGGAGAACCAGUUUAUGGAAGUAGAAUCAGCAGAAGAUUCAGAUUUUUCUUCAGAUGAAAGUACUGAUUCCAGUUCCCCGGAAAAGCCAUCAUUUAUGUCAAGAGUCACAUGCAGUGAAGGAGGAAUUAAUCAGAACCCAGAGAAGUUAACCAUAACAAUUGACAGACAAGCAGGAGCAUCGACAACGAACAAAAAGCAAGGCUUUCGUGCCAGCAUCAAUCCAUGGAAACUAAUAACGAUGAGUCAGGAGAAAGCUAUAUUAGCAGCCAAUAGAGCAAAAGAAAGGCUUAUGAAGCAGAAAACCAUGACACAGCAUGAUCCUUUGAAACCUUUACCAUUAGAAACAAAAAGUGGACCGUCCAUCAAACCUGAGAAAAGUAUAGGAAGCAAUAUGGGAACGGCUUUGACUCCUCUCAUUUUAAAGGAGACAAUUCCAGGAUCGCCAGGGAAGUUUUCAAGUCCAAGACGACGAAUUUCCUGUUCUCCGACAAUACCUGCUGCCAUAAUGGGGUCACCAAAGCAGAGAUACAGGAGCAAUUUCGAUUUACAGCUCACACAGGUCUCUAGUGAACUUGAGACUUACAUUUCGAGGCAGGUUUUGAGCUCAAUUUUGAGAAAAGACGGGAACAGAAUAUCCCCAAAGUAGGAUGAACAACAGAAAUCCGAAAUUGUUUUCAAAUUCUCAGCCUUUGAGAUUGAUUUGUUGCUUCGUGCUGUAACUUUUACACUCACUAACCCAAAGUUUAUUUAAAAGCAUAUGUCAAUUAGAUGCAUGGGUUUUUUUU